UUAUUUUGAAAUGAGACACCUAGAACUUGUAGAAGCAUGACAGUAAGAAAACGAAGAAGGCCAGUUACAAUGGCAGCGUCAUGCUCGAUGGUUUUACACAGCUUAUUGCGCUCUUUCCAGCUUGGCGAUUUUACUAGUUUCUUCUCGGGCCCAGAAGCAUACAGACUGAGUUUACAUUGUUCAUUAUUAAUCUCUUAUCUGAUGUAUAAUCCGUUUUUUGAAUCUUUCUACAGUAUGUCAGAAAUUGUGGCUUAGUAUGUGUGAUUAGUGCUUGAAAUAUUACAAAUCUACUGCUGUAUAAUAAUUGAAAUAACAGAUUAAUGAGCCCAUGAAAGUUUUAACAUUUAUUUCAUUCAUUUAAAAUUUUCAUCAUUUCAAGUUGAAAACGAUGUGGCCAACAUUCAAAAUUGAAGGGAUUCUUUGCAAUAAAGCUACUCUGGACGAAGAGGAUCAAACAAUGCUGGGAAUAACAUUGGUACUUUCAGGUUUCUUAUCAAGUCUUUUUAAUGGCUGGCUUAUCGGAUGUCUGUUUUUGAGAUCUGAGUUCCUGUCGCAGUUUCAUUUAUUGUUCAUGAACUUGAGUAUAGCGUGUCUUGGCCACAAUCUUUUGGCUGGUUUCCCAUUCCAAGGGACCUCAGCUAUCUCCAGACGCUGGUUGUUUGGGAAACACUGUUGUCAAUUGUUCGCUUCCCUGGACAAAUUCUUCAAUAAUGUUGAAGUUCUAGCAUCAAUCUUGAUUAUUUUGGAACGAUACAGUUCAAAUCAUCUUGAUAAACUAGGAAACAAGUUCUACUUCUAUGCUGUCCUAUCUUCGUGGAUUGCUUCAAUGGUGUAUGCCAGUCUACCAUUCUUUGAUAUAAGCAAAUUUGUAUGUGAUGCAGCUGGAAUAUCAUGCAGUCUUGAUUGGCAUCCUCAGAAACAAGUUGAUCAACUCUACAUUGCUGUGUACAUCAUCAUCUCUGUUCUUCCAACUCUCGUAAUAUGUGGAUUAAAAAUACAAGAGAAAUGCCAGAAAAGGAAAUAUAAUUUGAGAACAGACGAUGACCAAAUAACUGAGGCAGUGACUAUGAUGAUCAUAUUGAUGCAAAUAUCAUGGAUUCCAUCCGGACUUGUAUCACUGUUCUCUCUGAUAAAUAUCAGGCUUCCCAAAGCCUUGGUCUUCAUGGCUCCAAUUGCUAACACGAUAUCGACGGCAAUACCUUUCAUAACAAUUUUUUGUUAUGACCAAGAAGUAAGGAGGAAACUACUAGGAACUUUGCAGAGAAGACAAGGAUGGAAGAUGAGACGACUGGCAAUAAAAAAGUACCGAAGGAAUCCUUCUCCUUGUUCGAUUGACGACAGAUCCAAUUCUCAUUGCUGACAUAUUUCUACAGUGGUUCUUCCACAAUUCAAUGAAUAAUUCCAAAUGUUUAAUAAUAUACCAAUGAUAAACCACAAAUUCAUAACAUUCUAAUAUAUCAGUAACUUUGAAUUCAAAAUUAUUUGUUUAUUUUCUUUCAAUAAAAAUGUAUAUCAAAUUUA